AUGGCUGUACUUCGGAAUGACAGUCGGGUCAUCCUCCACCUGGACUAUGACUGUUUCUACGCCUCAGUCUUCGAGGUCGAACAGCCAGCAUUGAGGUCCCUGCCCUUGGCAGUUCAGCAGAAGCAGAUAGUGGUGACAUGCAACUAUGAAGCGCGACGGCGAGGUCUGCACAAGUUGCAACUCAUCAAGGAUGCCAAGCGCAUCUGCCCGGACGUGGUCAUCGUUCUUGGUGAGGACCUGACCAAGUUCCGAAAUGCCUCCAAAGAGCUCUAUCUACUGGUCCGGUCCUUGGUAUGGGGUGGUCUUGUGGAAAAGCUCGGCUUUGAUGAGCUCUUUUUGGAUGUCACAGAGAUGAUUGCCUACAACGUCGACGUGCUGAAUCAGAAUGAUCUGACCAACUCGUUUUUUCAUCUUGAUCGCAAAGAUCCUACAGUUGGGUUUGCCUACGACGCAACUCGCUUCCAGGGGUCAACCUUCCCGGCGACUGAGGAAACCGCCGCCGCACCAGAGCCCUCGUCGCUGGAGAUGAGGUUACUGGUUGCCUCUCAUCUUCAGGGUCACAUACGGAGUAAGUUGGAGCACCAGAUAGGGUUUACUGCCACUGGUGGGAUCUCCACGUCUAAAUUGCUGGCCAAAUUGGUCGGCAGUGUCCACAAGCCCAACGGUCAAACGACCCUACUACCACCGUACACCGGUUCCCCAGAGAAUGAGAGUAACGUGCUUCAAUUCCUGGACGACCACGAAAUUCGCAAAAUCCCCGGGAUAGGUUCUCGAAUGGCCCAGAAGCUAAAGGCGCACAUCACUGGCGAAGAUGAAUCCGACGAGAGGAUAACCGUUCGGGAUGUUCGAUUAUUCCCCGGUAUGGGUGUAUCUUUGCUUGAAAAGAUUCUGGGAGGACUGGGCUCGGCGAAAGGUAUUGGAAACAAAAUGUGGAGCGUCCUCCACGGAGUGGACGAUUCCGAAAUAGUUGAAGGUCGAGACAUACCGACUCAGAUCAGCAUUGAAGAUUCCUACGGUCGCUUGGAUACUUUCGAGGGUGUACGCCGAGAGCUCGUUGUGUUGUCUCGAAGCCUGAUCCGGCGGAUGAGAGCCGACCUAAUUGACACGAGUGACACCCCUCACAGGUGGCGAGCGCAUCCCCGCACACUCAGGCUGUCAACGCGACCCAGACCUCCACCGGGUUCCGAUGAUGGUCGUACUUACAGCGCCAACCGUAUCUCACGUUCAGCGCCCCUACCAACCUUUAUCUUCAGUCUGGAUGAACAUAUUGAGGGAUUGGCUGAACGGCUGGUUCAUGAAAGCGUGUUGUCCAUGUUCCGCAAAUUGCACCCUCAAAAGUCUGGCUGGAACCUGAGUUUGGUGAAUAUCGCGGUGACUAACAUGGUGGAAACAGCCGGGGAUCAGAAACAAAACAGUGGGCGUGAUAUUGGAAAGAUGUUUCGUCAGCAAGAGACGAUCCUACGGGAUUGGACGGUGCAGGAACCCGCCGCAUCCGUGAAAGUCUCUCGGACCGGGGAAUCUGACGUCGAAGAAGCGGAGUCUGAGAAUGACUGGGACGAUGAACCACUGGCCAGCGUGGACUGCCCUCGCUGUGGGUGUUCCAUCCCCCUUCUCGCACAGCUGGCACAUGAAAUGUAUCACUCCGCAGAGUGA